GCCGGUCUGAUAUUAUGAUAACUUUUGAGUUGUGUAUAAUCUUGCAUAAGAUAGUAAUCUAUAUAGAUAAUUAAAUAGAACCAUUGUUGUGUAAAACGUUAAUUUAUUGCAAGUGACAUGUUUUGAGUGAAUUCUACCGAAAAAAUAUUUGUAAUAUUUUUAGAUUUACAGCUGUCUACUCACACCGGAAUGCUUCUGAUAUUAGUCUUGCUAGUAGCAGGUCUCGCUGUGGCACUAUGCUUCUUCGUGAGAAAACGGUUGCAUUAUUGGAGAGAUUUAAAUGUAGACCAGGCGGAUAUCAAAUAUGUAUUUAAAAACAUUUAUAUUUUAUUUUCCAAGAAGUCUAGUGUUGCUGAAAGGACUCUGAUAGGAUAUAACAAAUUUCCCAACGCUAGGUAUAUUGGAACAUAUCAACUUUUAAAGCCGAUGAUGUUAAUCAAAGAUCCCAAUCUUUUAAAAGAUAUCACCGUCAAAAAUUUUGAUCACUUUACGGAUCAUAGCAACCAAGUAUCGGCAAACGCUGAUCCACUAUGGGCAAAAAAUUUAGUGGCGCUUAGAGGACAACAAUGGCGCGACAUGAGGACUGUUCUCAGUCCUUCUUUCACGAGUAGUAAGAUGAAAGUUAUGUUUACGCUGAUGAUAGAAUGUGCCCAAAACUUUUCAAAGCACUUCCAAAAGAAAAACGAAGAUGUUGUGGAAGUGGAAUUGAAAGAAACUUUUACGCGAUUUACCAACGAUGUAAUAGCUACUACUGCAUUUGGUAUUAAGGUUAAUUCUCUAGAUGAUCCCGACAAUGAAUUUUAUUUGAUGGGAAGGGAAAUCUCAAAUGUUACUGGGACUUUAAAGAUGCUGAAGUUCAUGAUUGGUGCAGCUUUUCCUAGAUUGGCAGAUCUGUUGAAAUUAACAUUCUUCGAUAAGGAAACCAGAAAUUUCUUUACCAAAUUAAUUGAUAAAACUAUACAAGUAAGAGAAGAUAAAGGAAUUGUUCGUCCCGAUAUGAUACACUUACUAAUGCAAGCUAGAAAGGGAGUCCAUAUUAAAGAGGAACUUAAUUUGGAUGAAGGAUUUGCUACGGCAAAAGAAGUCGAAAAUAUAGCAGAAAAAGCCGUUUCAAAAGAAAUUACCAAUCUAGACAUUACGGCCCAAGCGUUAAUUUUCUUUCUAGCCGGAUUCGAAACUGUAGCCUCAACAAUGUGUUUUGUUGGCUAUGAAUUGGCUGCCAAUCCAGAAUACCAGAAGAGACUGAGGGAAGAAAUUAGGGAAACUUUAAAUCAGUGUCAGGAGAAUCUGACUUAUGAAGCUAUAUUGAAGAUGAAGUAUAUGGAUAUGUUUGUGUCAGAAUCUAUGAGAAAAUGGCCCGUGACUAUAAUGACCGAACGACAAUGUACCAAAGAUUACAUCAUUAAACCCGAACGACCAGAAGAAGCGCCAGUUACUAUCAAAAAAGGAAUGUCAAUCUGGAUGCCGGUAUUUGCAAUUCAUAGAGAUCCAAAAUACUAUCCAGAUCCAAAUAAAUUCGACCCUGAAAGAUUUAAUGAGCAAAACAAAAGUAAUAUUAACCCUUACACGUAUUUCCCAUUUGGGCUAGGUCCAAGAAGUUGUAUAGGUUCCAGAUUUGCUUUAUUAGAAAUCAAAGUGGUGUUUAUUUAUUUGCUUAAAGAUUUCCAAAUUGUUCCUGUAGAAAAAUCGCAAAUUCCUCUGGUUAUUUCGAAAAAGAAUUUUAAUCUCUCAUCUGAAGGUGGAUUUUGGUUUGGACUAAAGCGUUUAUAAGUUUUGAUACGUAAUAUGUUCAUAGAUUAGAGUAAGGUGGAUAUGUAGAAUGUUAUAUAUUUUUUUAAAUAAUAGGUAUUUAGAAUAAUUUAUGUAAUUCUUUCGCUGUAUUAUUAACUAUCCUCCUAUU